AUGAAUGUAAGACAAAGUAAGAUUAAGAAACUAAAACAGGGAAAUAGUAAGUCAGAACCCUCAGAUGACUCUACACUUAUGUAUGAUGAAAGUAACAGAGCAUUCAAACAGGAGAAUCUGAUAGAAAGAGUACCUGUAGGAUUAGUUAAAGUAACAGAAAUGCCUGCCAGAAGUCAAUUCAUUAUCGAAGCUAAAGAAGACUUUAAACAAAAUGAAGAAGUAUUAAUUGAGUCUGUAAACAUAGAAGAAGCAGGAAUUUGCAUAACUGCUUGUAUCAGUAAAGUGACUCAGAGAGACAUCAUGCCAAUUAUAGUAUUAUACAUAAGUGAGGAAAAAAUAAUACUACCUAAGCAGAUUAGGAUAUAUAAAGGUAGCAGUAGAGAGAAAAUAGCCACUGUAGAACAACAUAACAGAGAACUUAACAAGAAACAGGCAUCACACAGUAAAACAGAUUGGAACUCUAUUGGAGAUGUAGAAGAGAAAUAUAAACAUAAGUUAAUAAAGUUGCUAGAUGAAUAUAGAUAUAUAUUCGUUAAACAGAAGUUAAUAAAGUUGCUAGAUGAAUAUAGAGAUAUAUUCGUUAAACAGAAGUUAAUAAAGUUGCUAGAUGAAUAUAGAGAUAUAUUCGUUAAACAGAAGUUAAUAAAGUUGCUAGAUGAAUAUAGAGAUAUAUUCGUUAAACAGAAGUUAAUAAAGUUGCUAGAUGAAUAUAGAGAUAUAUUCGUUAAACAGAAGUUAAUAAAGUUGCUAGAUGAAUAUAGAGAUAUAUUCGUUAAACAGAAGUUAAUAAAGUUGCUAGAUGAAUAUAGAGAUUUAUUCGUAGGAGAAGGUUAUUAUAAUGGAUGUAUAAAUAAGGUUAAACAUAGGAUAAUGCUAAGUGAUAAUAAGCCUAACGCACAAAGACCUUAUAGAGUGCCAGAGAAGCACAGAGUAGAACUAAAGGAAUGUGUAAAGAAAGUGCUUGAACAAGGUGUAAUAGGAGUAGUCCAUUCCACUGGAGCUGAAAAACAUGAGACACCCUCAAAACGUAAGCUCAACCAGCCAGGUAGUAGCUUAUCAUCAAUCAGUUCCAUUGACGAGUCCUCUAAUAAUAAAAUUUUGUGUACAACAUUACUGUCAAAGUACGAAGGUGGUCCAAGCUACUCGUGUAAGGUUAAAGAACAAGAUUCAGACCAUUUGCCACUUCUAAGUGCAAAGGAGACCAACAGCAAAGAUGUAUGUUUCAAUUCUAGAGAGAGUAAGCAUAAGCCAGAAGAUGAAUCUGCAAAAAAAGCUGCUGUAGAAAACAGAGAUACAUCUGUUAGUACUGUGAAUCAUAAGGAGCCACUGACUGUGAAUCAUAAGCACAAUCCAAAUCCUGUAUGUAGAGAUGUCUUACGAAACAGUGAACGUACAAACACUAACCAUACUAAAAUGUGGAAUCAAGGUGAAAGUGGAAGUACAGAAGGAAACCUGCCUCAGGAAAUGGUCAACGUCCAGGACGACGUUGCAUCAGUGGUCUCUAAACGAUAUGGAACACAGGAUAGUAAUAUCAGUUUUUGUAACGUUUCAGAAGAGGAUAGGUGCUCUGGUUCAAAUAGUAAGUCAAUGAAAACAUCCAAUAAAGACAGAAGAGACUCUGCAUAUAGUAAUUUCCUUCUACAUCAGACUGAAAGCUAUUUAAUGAACACCGAGUCAUCCAUUCCUGUUACUAGUGUAAUGCUCAAUACUCUUUCAUACAAUCAGUGUGUAAGAAGUACUGAAAAGGAAAUUGAUGAUAAAAAGAAAGAAUAUGAACUAAAAACCAAAACUCUAGAACAGAAGACUGCCUAUGAUGUAACUCUGCCCCACAGUUCAAACCAAGAAAUCCCUACAAACGUUAUUAGCUCAGAAGGAAUGUCAACCUCUUUAUACAGCUCAACAGAAUUAAAAGUUAUAAAUCUGACAGGUGCACUGCCUAGCAACACAAUGGCACAAGUAACUAUUUCACAGGGAUCAACAGAAAGCAGUGUUUCGUUGCCAUUUAUGGUAUAUUGCCCAACCAUAAAAGCUGCCAAUGUCAAAAGCGGUUCACAUAUCAUAACGGAUAAUAACCUGAUGCCAAAUUCAGUAAGUGGCUCAACAGUGAACGUUUGUAACAUGGAGUCUGGUCUCCAAAGUUUGACAUCCUCGGGCUGUAAUUAUUUCACUGAAUCUUCAUCAUCUAAAGGUGAAAUGGGAAAAUCUAAAAAUUUAAGUAUGUAUUUUCAAUUAGGAGAAGAAAAUACAGAUAUAGCAACUGAAAAUCAAAAAACAAAUAUUAUAACCAACAGCAUUUAUGAUCCAUUGGUUAGUUUUGAAAAAGAAAGUACGAGUCCGUUAAAUCAAAGACUGAGGUUGAAAAUACCAGAGACAAAAGCGGAAGAGUUCAGUACCCUGUUAGAUGGAUCUGUCACAAUUUCUAAUCAUGGAGCCUCUCUGUCUGCAAAAUCUGUUAAGUCUCCUGUUGUUACAAGCCCUCAAAUUCUAGAAGAAAGAAUUAGCAAGCUUAUCUCUGAAAAUGCUGCUAUUGUUGAAACCUUAGAUCCCCUGUGGUCAUGGCGAUAUACUCGUCAAUCCAGCAUCUCUUCUAGCCAGAACGUUGAAUCAGAACUAAAGAAAUGUAAAAGUGGUGUACGAAUGAGACGUUACAGUGAAGACUCAAGCCUUGCAAAAAAAGUUAAUUCUAAUGUUACUCAGUAUUUAGGGUCUAAAUUUCAGUUUGCUCUGAUGGGAAAAGGUAUAUCAGAAAGUUGUGAAGACAUUAAUAAAAUAUUUGUUUCAUCACAGGAAGUCCUUCCUUUGCAUGACAGUGACGAAAAAUUGUCUGUUUUAGAAAAAGUUGACAUCCAUGAAGAGGCUUCUCAACAGCAUUCAAAAAGCCCACAGAGAAGUAUCAUCAAAGAUCUGCUACUUAAGGAUAGGAAUAAGGAAAAAACAGUUAUGUUGGAUUUAGACAAACCAUUGGUGAUAGAAACAACCAAAAAAUCACCUCAAAUCUCAUUUUUGUGCAGACUGUGUAAUAUAGUGUUCCAUUCUAGAGAAAACUUCAUUGCUCACCAACAGCAUUACUGCAAAAGAAGCCAAGAGUACACGUGUGCAGAUGAAGAAAACUUACAUUUUUUAAAAGGGAACAUCUCAUCAAGUGGUUCCUUGAUAACAUCAUCUCCUUUGAUUGCUUCUGUACCCCAGUUAUCUAAGUCAAACUCUUCAGCAUAUUCUUUGGUUCAGCAGGGAAAAAUGUUACCUCCAGAUAGUGGAAUUCUUUUGCAAACAUAUUAUCAUGGAAUUUCUAAUUCUUCUCAUCCAAUUAAAAAAUCUUUAGCUCACGUUGGCUCUGAAACUCCUCCUUUUAAAAAGAGAAAAGUAACUGAUCCAGUAGUGCCUCUAGUUGAAGAUAUUAUGUCUUCCAGUGAAUUACCCAAUCUUCCCAAAAAUAAUCAAUAUUCAAAGCCAGUAUUUACAACUAGUUCUGCUAAAAUAUUCAACAAAAUGGUGGCAAAAGGUUCUAAACAAGAUCCACAAGAGUUUGAGAAAAGCCAGCAUUUCCAUCCUACACAUGUGAACUCAGCAUUUUCUACCACUCAAGAAUCAUCUAAGGUUAAAAUAACGGAAUCUAGAAUAAAAUAUGAACCACUUCCACUUGAUAAUCCUUUAAACACAUCAGUUGUUGUUACCCUAUCGAAGCCAGUUUUGAAUUCCGGAGGGACUGUCCUUGCUGUUCAAAGCAUUCUUAAAGAGAAAAUAAACUCUGAAGUUUGUUUUCAAGCUGAACCCUUGUCAACUUCUGUAAUUUUUGAACCUGGUAUGUCGAGUGCUGUUAACAGUUCAAAGAAAAGUAGCCACGAAGAACUUUUCGGAAAAACAUUUCCUGGUACUUCACCUAUUAACCUGGACAAAGCUGAAAAUGUAGAACUUGUUCAAAGGUUGUUGGGCAAUAAGCUGCUUAAUGCUGAGUUUUCUUACAGGACAAGAGUCUCAUUGCCAUCCAUUCAAAGCACUGUUCAUCAGCCCUCGGUUGCAGAAGGCUUAGUUUCAGAUCAGAGAGAAACAACUGUUUGUUCUCUCAUACCAAACUAUAAUGUAUUGCACAGAAAAUCUGAUACCAUUAUACCUGGGGAUUUUUCAGAAGAAGCACACAGUACAUGUUCUGAUCAAUACCAAUAUAAGAGUUUAGUUAAAACUCAGUCAGUUCCUGAAAAUACACUUCAUUCACCAUGUUCACCAUUCUUUCCUUCCUCUGUGGUACAUUUGGCAUUAGCCAGGAGCUGCCAAAACGACAGUACACAAUCACCUCAUCAGCAGCCAUUAAAUUCCACUGUGAACGUAAAUCUUAACUCCACAUCUUCUCUUAAUAUACCUACAUCAGACAAACCUCUUCCACUGCCUACUUCUACACAAAGAAUAGCAAAUGAUAGUGGACAGAUGAAAAAGACAAAACCCACUAGACCUUCGUCUUUGCCCUUGAAGAAGAAGGUUAUCACCAUGAUAGGGUCCACUCUGAUCAGUCCUGAAACACCUCGCUCAAAAAAACACUGUGUUCAGCAAUACAUUAAUGGACAUGCUUACACAUACUUAGGGUUAAAGUGCUCAACCAGGUCAACUUACUGCAGUAUCUACAGACCACAACCUAUGUAUGUUCCUCAAGACACUGACCCCAAAUUGUCCAUGUAUUCAAACUGGCAAGUUGUCCCUGCAAAAAAUAUUAUGCUUGGACUCUCUCCAAGCCAGAUGAUAGGACUUUAUGAUUCCAGGCAGAAGCUACAUUGUUGUUCAGGAAUCCUAGCAGUAGCUGAAGAAUCAUCACAACUACUUAUUACUCACUCUAGCUAUUGGGUCUAUCGGUGUCAAGAACAGGAGAAGGCAUCCAAACCUAAGAAUCUUUCCAGCAAUCCAAGUGAAAAUAAACCUUUAAUGAAUCGGAUUGAAGACGAACAGUGUAUGUCUAAUUGUGUUGAAAUGGUCAGGCCUGAAGAAAGUAAGGUACACAAAUUGUCUGAUUCCUUGGAGCCAGUUGUGUGUUCAAACAUUGAUGGAAAUGAUAUGCAUCACUCACCAUUCUCCACUUCUUCAGCACAGGAAUUUAGUUCUGUAAAAAUCAAACAUAUUGUUACAGUUCCUCAUCAUAAUGAACAGCUAAUUUCUCCCAAGCCUGUGGAGUUGGGCAUUCCUGAUAAAAGUAAACAGUUCAUCAGAAAUUUGGAUCAGGAUCACACUUUGUCUAAACCUUUGGUUUCUGCUACUAGUGGCAGCCAGCUCCUUCACUCUCACUUUCAGGAUCAGCAGUUACAGUUAACUAAAUCCAGGUUAUCAAUGGUAAGUCCUGAAAAAAGUAAACGCUUCAUAAACAUUUUGGAUCAGGAUAGUAGUUUGUUUAAACCUCUGGAACCCAUGGUUUGUUCAGGCAGGAAGAAUCAACUCCUUUACUCCCAACUUCAAGAUCAACAUUUACCUAAAUCUCGGCAGUUUGUGAUGAGUCCUGGAGGAAGUAAACAGUCAUUACUCAUUCAGAAUCAAGCACAGCAAUGGUGUACAGCCAACUCUCCAGAACUCCUGAUCCAUCAAGAAGAACAGCUGCAACACAGACUUGCAUGUAAGUCUCUGGAUUCUCUGGUAAGUCCAUCUCUAAAGUCACAAUGCAACAGUGAAAAGUUAGACUUUACAAGGUCUCAGCAACACUUAGUUACUUCUGCAGAAGGUCAGAAGUUCAUUAUGCCACCGAAUCAGGAACUACAGUGGGACAUAUUUCAAAGUGUUGAACACUUAAACAGUCCUGGAAGAGGGAAUCCCAGCCUGUCCUCCCAUGACCAAAAACAACAGCAGAAUUCCUCCAUACAUACAGCAUCAGUGACCAGUCCUGAAAGAAGCGAACAGUUAGAAUCCAAGUACUCCUGUGUUGUAUAUAAACAGAAAUCAGAUUGCCAGUUGGUAGAACCAACCACAGACGAAGAAUCUACUCAAAGUGAACCUUUAAAUGAUAAUGAAUCCAUCCCUUUACCAAAGCGAGUUCGGAUAUUUGAAGGUGGAUUUAAGUCCAAUGAAGACUACACAUAUGUCCGUGGUCGUGGGCGUGGAAAAUAUGUGUGUGAAGAAUGUGGAAUACGCUGUAAAAAACCAAGUAUGCUGAAAAAACAUAUUCGCACUCAUACAGACCUUCGACCUUUCAGCUGUUCUCAUUGCUCGUUUGCUUUUAAAACAAAGGGCAAUCUGACCAAGCACAUGAAGUCCAAAGCUCACCAUAAGAAAUGCGUAGAACUAGGUAUCAUUCCUGUACCCACCACCAUAGAUGACUCUCAGAUUGAUGGAGAGGCACUAGCUAAACAG